AUGGAGGUGUUACUUCCUAGAUUUAUAUCCCUGAAUCAAUCUGGAUUUGUCAAAGGAAGAAAUAUUAGUGAAAAUCUAUUGUUGGCUCAAGAAAUUAUUACAGAUAUUAGGUUGAGGGGCAAACCUGAUAAUGUGAUUAUCAAGCUUGACAUGGUAAAGGCAUAUGAUAGGUUGAUUGGAAUUUUUACUAAAGUAAUGGGGAAAAUGGGUUAUAAUUCUAUGGUGUUUGACAUGAUUUGGAGAAUUAUUGCUAAUAAUUGGUACUCUAUAUUGAUUAAUGGUCAAGAACAUGCUUUUUUCCAUUCAUCAGCAGGGCUUAAACAAGGAGAUGCUUUGUCUCCUGCUUUGUGUAUACUUACUACUGAGCUAUUAACUAGAGCUCUAAAUCAUCUAUUUCUAGAAGAGGAAUAUAUAGGAUAUGGUCUUCCUAAAUUGAGUGAAUAG